AAAAAAUCCCGUUAAAAACAAGGCGAAAUGUUAAUUUUCUCCGAUUUUCUGUCUAUGAUUCCAUAUUAGAUCGUGGCGAGAAUAAGUAAAGUCGUACUCGUCGAAAAUUGGUUGUCAAGGCUGAAUACUUUUCACGUCACAAUUAAUUUUUCGGUGUCGUGGGAAAGUAAGAGUGACGUCACGCGAGUGAUUAAAAUAUGGGCUUUCACAAUAAAGGCAAGUGCGAAAAGUAAUGUGCUAAAAUUAAUGUUGUGAUAAAUAUGUUACACAUGACCUCUAUUAAAUUAUUUUGCCUGUGAACAAAAGCCUUAAUGUGAUAUUUAGUUUUAUCAAGCAAAACAGUAACAAAUACCUACUUUAUAAUAAUCUAUCUUUAAAUAUGGGACUGUUGUUUGCGAAACUUUGGAGUUUAUUCGGAAACGAAGAACACAAAAUUGUGAUUGUGGGGCUGGACAAUGCUGGAAAAACGACCAUCCUAUACCAGUUUUUAAUGAACGAAGUGGUCCACACAAGUCCAACAAUAGGGUCAAAUGUCGAGGAGGUUGUGUGGAGAAAUAUACACUUUUUAAUGUGGGAUUUAGGUGGUCAACAAAGUCUUCGAGCAGCUUGGAGUACUUAUUAUACCAAUACUGAAUUUGUGAUAGUUGUAAUUGAUUCCACGGACAGAGAGCGUCUGUCGAUAAUCAGGGAGGAAAUCUACAAGAUGUUGACCAAUGAGGAGCUGUCAAAGGCCGGUGUUUUGGUCUACGCCAAUAAACAAGACGUCAAAGGUUCUAUGACAGCCUCGGAAAUAUCGAAGGAACUCGACUUGACGUCGAUAAAGAAACAACAGUGGCACAUACAGUCGUGUUGUGCGUUAACAGGAGAAGGAUUAUAUCAGGGAUUGGAGUGGAUAGUGAGUAGACUGAAAAAGAAAUGACAACUUUAAAACACUGUAAGAUAUUUAUAAAAAAAAUAAUAAAUAAAGAACAUUUUAACAUAACGGUUUCUCACAUUGAGAACAAUGCAACUUCCUUCCAAGAUGAAAGAGAAAUUUUCUCUCAAUAUUGCAGACUUUAAAGACAACAUCAUUUGUUACAUUUCAGGUUCAUUUUUGUAUAUAAACUAUAUUUAAAUUGUUAAUUAAGUUUUUGUUUCUCUGGAUUAAGAAUAUUUUUUUAUUUAAGGCUAAAAUGUAAUAUAAAAUACUAAUAAAUUGUAUAUAA